CCGCAUCCAUCGCCACUCCCCCACUACACUACCAGUACCAGACAUGCGCCAUUAUGAUCUCCUCCGCCUCGUUGCUCAACAUCAUUAAUUGCUCCCUUCCUCCUUUCCAGCCUUCCCCUCCUUUCCCUUUCUUUUUUAAUCUCCCUCCCUCCUAUUCAUAAUUCAUUCAUGCCGAUGAGAAAAAGAAUUCCCACCAAAUUCUCAGUCAUUCCCUCUCCUUCUCUCUUCCAUAACUCCUCUCUUCAAUCCCUCCCUGCCUCCCUCCCUCUACUUUACCGGCGAACCUCGCUCCCUCUCUGGCCUCUCACUUCCCCCCUCUCCUUUUAACGGCUGCUACUUUUCUCAACCUAGGGUGUAAAACCGGUGGAUAGAUCUUGUUGAGUUCUUUCUCCUCUCUUUUGUCUGUUAGAGCUCAGCCAAAUCUCCGUCCUUUCUUCUUCUUCUUCUUUCUUCUCUACUUUGUCCUCUUCUCUUCUUCCUCUUGUCCCUUUGCCCUUCCGUUUCCCCUGCAGUUACGAUUAUUACCCUUUGGUGGAAGGAAAGGAAGUACACCAAACGGCAGCUGGAAACAAACACCAGUCGCCUCUGCCAAACUACACCACCAACGUUAACACAGACAGAAAAACAGAGUAAAGUGGCUUUUUUCCCCUUCCACUCAAUACCUACCAUUUAUUAGUGCUGUUACUACUGCUCUCUCCGUUACUCCCAAACCUCCCCCAUUCCCCUUCCAUGAAGAAGCCCUUGCCCUUCUCUUGACAAGGAUCAACAAAGGGAAGGUAACAACACAAGAUGCUGCUCUGCCUCUGCAUUUCACUGCUACUGCUACUACACUCUGCUCCGGCCGUGCACUCCGCCUACCCGACAUUCAACGACGACGUUCUGGGGUUGAUCGUCUUCAAAGCCGGCCUGAUCGACCCACAAUCCAAGCUCGUCUCCUGGAACGAAGACGACGACACUCCCUGCAACUGGCUCGGCGUCAACUGCGACCCUCUGUCCCAUCGGGUCACUGGUUUGGCCCUCGACGGCUUCUCCCUCUCCGGCCACGUGGGCCGCGGCCUGCUACGCCUCCAGUUCCUUCAAAGUAUCUCCCUUUCCAGCAACAACCUCACCGGCCCGAUCAACCCGGACCUGCCGCGGCUCGGCGGGUUGCGAUUCGUCGACUUCAGCCACAAUAGUCUCUCCGGAUCAGUCCCCGACGGCUUCUUCCAACAAUGCGGGUCUCUGUCUUACGUUUCCUUCGCUGGGAACCAGCUCACCGGUGAGCUCCCUGUUUCGCUGUCUUCCUGCUUGACAUUGACUCAACUCAACUUGUCAUCGAAUCAGCUCUCCGGCGAGUUCCCAUCUGGUCUGUGGAAUUUGAGAAGCCUCCAGUCGCUCGAUUUGUCUUACAAUUACUUCGAGGGAGAGAUUCCUCUAGGGGUUUCCAAUUUGUACGAUCUGAGAUCGAUUAGUUUGAGUAACAACAGAUUCGCCGGUGAGCUUCCCGGUGAUAUUGGGAGCUGCUCGCUCUUGAGGCUCGUCGAUUUCAGCGGCAAUUCUCUCUCCGGCAGGGUGCCCGAGACAUUGCAGAAGCUUAAUUCUUGUACUUACCUUCGAUUAGGAAGCAAUUCGUUCACUGGGUUUGUUCCGGGUUGGAUUGGCGAAUUGAGAAGCCUGGAAAGUUUGGAUCUUUCCGCGAACAGAUUGUCGGGUCGGGUCCCGAACUCAAUUGGAAGCCUCGACCAAUUAAAGGAGCUGAAUCUUUCUACCAACCAGCUCACCGGAGGGCUGCCGGAGUCGAUUUCAAACUGCCCCAAUCUUGUCAGCCUCGAUGUCAGCGGCAAUCGGCUCACAGGUAAUGUUCCUCAGUGGUUAUUUAAGACCGGAUCGGCCCUUCAACAGCUCCAAGUAUUGGAUCUUUCUUCCAAUGUCUUCUCCGGCGAGAUUCCAUCCAACUUAGGCUCUCGUAGCAGCAUUUUGGUAUUGAAUAUGUCCAGAAACCAGCUAUUCGGUCCAAUCCCACCAUCCCUAGGAGCUUUGAAAAUGGCACAAGAAGUCGAUUUGAGCAGCAAUCGACUCAGUGGAAGCAUUCCUUCUGAAAUCGGUGGAGCUACUUCGUUACUUGAACUAAGGCUAAACCACAACUCCCUCACCGGCAACAUCCCAGCUGAUAUCCAGAAAUGCUCCCCUCUCACAUCUCUGAUUUUAUCAGAGAACAAUUUAACCGGUCAAGUCCCAGCAGCCAUGGCGAACCUAAGCAGUCUCCAAUUCGUGGACUUGUCAUCCAACAACUUCACCGGAAGCUUACCGAAAGACCUCACAAACCUCUCCCACUUGCUCUCCUUCAACGUAUCACACAACAGUCUUGAAGGCGAGCUGCCAGUUGGUGGCUUCUUCAACAUCAUUUCCCCUUCCUCCAUCUCCGACAACCCAUCACUCUGUGGCGCCGCCGUCAACCGUUCUUGCCCUUCCGUCCACCCUAAACCCAUCGUCCUAAACCCUAACUCACCCAACUCCUCCCAAUCCCCUUCCGCCGCCGCCUCCAACCUCAGUCACCGGAAAAUCGUUCUAAGCAUCUCCGCCCUCAUCGCAAUCGGCGCCGCCGCUUUCAUAACCCUCGGCGUCAUCGCCGUCACUCUCCUCAACAUCCACGUCAGAUCCUCCAUGUCACGGAACCCUCCAGCUGUCACAUUCUCCGCAGCUGACGACUACAGCUGCUCUCCAUCCACCGACCCGAACUACGGGAAGCUAGUAAUGUUCUCCGGCGACGCCGAUUUCGUCGCCGGCGCUCAAGCAUUGCUCAACAAGGACUGCGAAAUCGGCAGGGGAGGGUUCGGGAUCGUUUACAAAACAUCGCUUCGCGAUGGCCGCUCCGUGGCCAUCAAGAAGCUGACCGUUUCGAGCAUGACCAAAUCGCAGGCCGAUUUCGAGCGAGAAGUGAGGAAUCUCGGCAAAGCUCGACACUUUAAUCUCGUGGCAUUGGAAGGUUACUACUGGACUCCAUCUCUCCACCUUCUGAUCUACGAACACAUAUCGAGUGGAAACCUGUACAAGCAUCUCCACGACGAUUCGAAUUGCCUGACGUGGAGGCAGAGGUUCGGCAUCGUGCUGGGAAUGGCGAGAGGGCUGGCGCAUUUGCAUCAAAUGAAGAUAAUUCAUUACAACCUGAAGUCGAGCAACGUGUUGAUCGACGAAUGCGGCGAGGCGAAAGUGGGCGAUUAUGGGCUGGCGAGGUUGCUGCCGGCGUUGGAUAGGUGUGUUUUGAGCGGCAAGAUACAGAGUGCGUUGGGUUACAUGGCGCCGGAGUUUGCUUGCAAGACGGUGAAGAUAACGGAGAAGUGUGACGUGUAUGGGUUUGGUGUGCUGGUGUUGGAAGUGGUGACGGGGAAGCGGCCCGUGGAGUACAUGGAGGAUGACGUGGUGGUUCUGAGCGAGAUGGUGAGGGGAGCGCUGGAAGAUGGGAGGGUGGAGGAAUGUGUGGAUGAGAAGUUGAAAGGGAAUUUUCCGGCGGAGGAGGCGAUACCGUUGGUGAAGCUCGGGUUGAUUUGUGCUUCUCAGGUGCCGUCGAAUCGGCCGGAUAUGGAAGAGGUGAUCAACAUUUUGGAGCUGAUUCAGUGCCCUGCGGAUGGAGGGCAGGAGGUGGGUUGAAUGAAUGGAUAGAUGGUUUGGUAGAUGAUGAGCUAUUAGUUCUGUCUGGGGAAGAUGAAUCCGGCAUUUCUUAAUUUGUUCCUUGGUUUUGCAUAGUUUUGAAGUAGAAGAAGAGAGAAUACAGCAACAAGAGCAUCAAAGUCGACAUCUUUUUUGUUUCUAAAUUUUGUGGGUAUGUAUGCUAUGGAUGUGUCUCAUAAAAUAUGUUGUUAUGAUUAUCAUGGUGGCAGAAGGGGUUUUGGAAUUGCCGGAUUCCUUUUCACCGGUUGGGAAACAGAGCAGGCUCUGAGCUGAUACAGUUGUUAUGGCAAAUUGGCAAUGCUACAUUUUCUGCUUCUCCUCAUCUUCAAUUGGCAAUUGUAGUUCUCAUAAAAAGAACAUAACAGCAUCAUCAAUCUAACAGCAACAUUGUCACAAACCAAUCAAACUCUCAACAACAAGCAG